AUGCAGACGACCACUGCUUCGUUUGCUUCUUCUGCACAGCAGACGCAGCACUCCAACGGCUCGGACACCUGGCGAGUGGAUUUCGCUAGCCAAGCCAAGAAGAUGGGUCAGGAGGUGCUGGCUGCCCUGGCAGCACCUGCAGAGCAGUCGCCCUUUGACGAGGUGCGGAAGCCGGAGGCAGGAAGCCGCCUCGCUUGGACGGAGAUCAGAGAGGAUGCGCAGCAAGCGCCCCAAGAAGUGAAGACCGAAGCAAAGCCCGGAAAGACAGAGGCGAAGCCAGAGGCGAAGCCAGAGGCCAAAACGGAGCCUCAGGAAGAGAUAAAGGCCGAGAAGGCUGAGGAACCUCAGAGUCUUGGCAGCCUUGGCUGUAGGCUGAUGAUGGCCGAGGCUGGCCGAGGCUUACAGGGAGUGGCAUCAUGUAAAAGGACAGCCCUGUGCUGCCUGCAGCCAAGGAAACCAAAAGAUUCAACACCCUCAGCGCCAUCAUCGCCGAGGAAUGCAGGGGGUGCAGGUGGCAAGAAAUCGCUUUUCACGGCCGUCAAAGCCCUCAUGCAAGUCGCUCGCGAUGACGAGGGAUCGAAGCUUGCACAAAUGCUCGGAGCUGUGACAGACCGGCGUUCUGCAUCACCAUCUGUGGAGUCCGAGCUGCAGAGCCGCGGGAGCCGCGGGAGCGGUUUGACGGAUGCGAACUCGUCGCGGAAAGGGACUCCAGAGCCGGGUGGACGGCGGAAGUCAAGCAAUGCACACAAGGGGCAUAGGUCUCAAACUGCGCUCGUCAAGGCAGCUGCCGCCUUCAAGUCAGCUUUAAGUGCGGUUGCAGGCGCAACCGACACAACAACUGGUGGCAACCGGCGCUUGUCCGUGGCUGAACGUAUGGCGAUGACCUCUGGAUCGCGUCCUACUGACAAGGACAAGGAGUCUACCGAAGAGCGCUCAGAUGGCCGUAUCCAGGACAAAGCUCGCAGCCCAACGAAACAAGCCGAGAAGGGUGGUCAGGAGGCGGAAGUUGCGCAGAAGCCGGACACACCGGUUCAUGAGUUCGCAGCGCAGCGACGAGAGAGAGGGCACGGACGCUGGAAGUGGCAAUCCCAACCGUUCGAGGCUCCUCUCUGCUCCUUCCAGGAACUAGUAAACGUGGAGAACAACCCCACGCCGCUAUCGGAGGCAAUGGAGCGAGUUCGAAGCCUGGCCGGCGGGCAAAACUUCACAUGGGAAAGGUCCUCCGGAGCAUAUGGUGGCAGGCCCACAGUUCCAGUGACCACACUGCUCAUCGAGCCAAAGCAGCUCUUCCGCCCCAUGUUCCAGUUUGAUCCUCGCUCCUUCCACACCUUCAAGCUUGCCUGGCGACACUACCUGGACUUCGGCAGCACAGACUACAGAGUCAUCGUCGGAGGUGAACUGGAAAGAUGGUGUCAGCGCUGCAAAACUGCCAUUGAGAAGCCGUUUAAUGCUGUGUACUGGCUCUUGCUCAUGAUUGGUUCACAUUACCGGGAGAGCUUGGCAAGCCGCAGAGUUGUGUCAAAGCUGGAAGAUCCACCAGAGCAGGUGCCGAUCAUUUGCAUUGACUCCUUCGUGGCGUUGUCGGCACUUCUUUUCUCUCCAGAAAGACAGGUGCUGUAUGCUGGUGUUGAUCCCACGCCGUCCUACCUUCGAUGGCUUCAAUACAUCGGAGAUCAGUACACCUUCAACAAGGCCCCAGAAAUGCCGGACAGCCACACAGUGUUUGAGAUGAACGAGUUUCUCGAUCUUCCAGCUGUCAUCAUCUUCUACGGGCGGCCACAGCAUCGCGGUCGGGAGUCGGAUCCUCUUGCCUGGGUCAACAGCCCUGCUCUCAUCAAGAGCUAUAUUGCCAGAUAUUCCGAGGACAACAAAUGCGGUUGUCAAGUGGAGUUGGCUGCGCGGCUCUACACCUAUUCCUGCUCGCUUGGUUGCUGUACUACAAGCCCAAGCAAUCAGAACGUCGACAGUGAACCCGACAAGACAGGCAACGAUGCUGAGAAGUGGUACUGCUGGAACGGCCUCAAGGUGUGCGAGAUCGGAGUUCCGGUGCCUCACACGCAAGCUUCCUUCCUGUCCCCAUUCGUCUCGACGAGGCAAGUUGCCUUCCUGUGUCCAGCGCAUGGGCCUGACAGACUCUCGAAGAACACUUCUCCACGGGCCCAUCGACAAGUGCAUCGCGGCGACAGCAAGAAUAGCGUGGCAGCAUCACACUUGGACGGCGAAGGAGAUGUUGUCGAUGAGCAGACGCGAUCCAGUUCCCAGAAAACAAUGUCACUGAUCUCGAACAUGGAUGGUGGCCUGGAGAGUGGCGCUCCCUCGGAGGUUGCAUCUGACGCCGGAGACGAUGAGGACAGCGACUCCAGAAAGUCUUGGUCCUUCAACACGCAAAUGGGUGGCUUUUCAGGUGGGCCUUCUCCCCGCAGCGAGAAAACAAGUCCUGGGCAGCGCUGUACCUGCGGUCAAUACAUACACGCCUCGCAGCAGCAGGGUCUGGGCAAGAAGGACAAGCAGGCGAAAAGCUCACAGGGAGACAGCAUGGUGACCGCAGGUGCUGAGGCACAGGAAGUGCGACAGGCAUUGUCUGCCCUCGGCGAGUACGACUUGCUGCACACCUUUGUAGGGUUGAUGUCUGGUGGAUUGAACAUGGCCAAAUCUGUUCUCCGCCUUCAUUUCAGCAUAGACCCUGCAGCCUACCAGAACCUGCCUGAGCCCGCUUGCAAGCAGUGGGACGUGGGGUUGAUGCCUUGGUAUCGUGAAUUCCACCGCAUGGACAUGCACUCGCGCAGUCGGCACGGCAUGCUGCUGGCCAGCCUUCUCCGAGGCAUGCUGGGCGAUGGGCUCACAAGUGGACUCCAUGAUGAGUCAUUGGAUAUGCUUCGCCUGCCACUUCCAAUAUUUUCGUUUGACAAGGCUGCAGGACGAGCUGCUGGCCAUGUGCAUCACGGUGCUGAUGCAUUCAACAGCACUUCAGCUGAUGGAUUUCUGUUCAUGUGCAGUGGCUGUGUGCUCAUGUCGUUCCACAAGAGCUAUCCAUUUGGCCCUUUGGCUCGAAGUGGCAAGCUUUUCCUGCCAGGAAGCCUUUUCGAUGGCUUGGAGGCCCUAAUGCCGAGGAUGCGCUGCCGCGCCUUCCCGGCUGUAUGCGCGGCUGCGGCUGCCAUCCUUGCAUGCCAGUGUGUGAAUGAGCUGGGCUUCGUGGCCGGUCAGUUCUUUCGAGAGCCAAGACGGGUCUCCGGCCGAAUUCAGCUGCAAGCGCUCAAAAGACUUUCGAAGAAGGAAAAGAUCAUGACGAACGUUGCAAACAUGAAGAAAAUGGGAACAAGACGUUUGUCAAGUAAGCUUAUCAACAAGCAGUUAAAAAAGGUCAACAGCAUCGCGCGGGAUGAUGAUUGGGUGAACGAGUUCCUUUCCUUCUCGCGGCCGCAGCCAGUGGGCGGAGAGUAUGUGAUGCCACCUGAGGUGGCCAAAGCUGCCCUCGAAGAGAUUUAUGGCUCAGGGCCCGACCUUCAGAACAUAGAUUUAGAUGAGCUGGAGGAGGAUGAAGAUGAGAGCUAUUAUGCCGGCCAGCAGCCAUACGGUCAGGCUGAAAGACAGCAGGACGUGGACGAGUUGGAGCGCAUGCGCCGAAAAGCAGACCCUUCCAAGUCUCCAGGUCAGACCAAGAGCACAGCAAAGGUAAGAUGGACGAUGGUACCAGGAGUUCAGAAGUACGUGGGCGCGGUGCCUCGGAAUAUUGCGGCUGGCAAAACCAGCACCCUUAGCAGCAGCUCCCACCAAUCACAUCAAGAUGUUUGGAUCAGUGGUGGCUCGAUCCAGUAUGAUUAUGAAGAGAAACCCUGGAGUCACAGCUUCAUGCGCAGCCAGUCUCAGGAUUCUAUAAUGAGCAACGAUGACAAGCCCGAGAGACAAGCUGAAGCUGAUGCGAGAUCAGGCUCAAAAGCAGUGCCAAAGAGAUUCCUCAACAAUGUGCAGGUGUGCUGUGCCUUAGUUGGCUGCGAGUCACCGCUUGGCUUGAAGCAUCAUUUUGAGGCGUUCAAUCAGUGGUGUCACAGCGCUCACCUGCUGCCCUUUGUCAAGCGCUGCUAUCGCCGCUGCGGCAUUGCUGGUCUAGCUGCUGGGCAACACGUCGGUCAUCACAAGAAGGGCGCCAAUCCCUUCUACCCACUUGUGCUGCCGACAGUCCCAACUGUUUGCUACGGGCAUUGCUACCCAUUGCACAAAGUCUUCCAGUACUUCUAUGCUGGCACUGAGAAGAUCCUUUGCAGCAUCGACGAUUCCAAGGCUGUGGAGGCAGAUCGUGCCACCUGGGGCCUUGCACCUGGCCAGGAUCGGCUGAACAACCAGUGCUGGUUCAAGGUAGCAGACGACCAUGAUAUCCCUCGGGAUGAGUCGCCCACGGCGAAGCCGUCACCUGCUAAGCAGAUGCGCAUGCUGCUAACAGCAGGAGGGCUGCCUGGACCGUCUGACUCAAGCGAUGCCCUGGCCCGGCCGACCAGUGCCAUGCGCGAGCCUAGCAAAGGCAAAGGUUCCUUGUAG